CAGUACCAUGGAUCAGGUGGUCUGAACAGGAAGAGAUCCAAGUUCAGUGAGCGGUGGCAGUCAUAGCGUUGUUAUUUCUCAAGAAGUAUUAUAGUUCUCACUCCAAGACACAUCAUACUAUCUGAGAAAAAAAGUAUUCUGCUACUCUAUAGCAAAUCAAUUCAUAAUGUUUGCCGCUGACGACGAGGAUGGAGAUUUUCUGUCACCUACUGGAGGGUGAGUGAGUUUCCUUUCUCUCAUAAUGCCAUCCAGCUAGCUACAUAGCUAGCUAGUUUACAUAAACAUUGCCAUGUGGGAGAGUCGUGACUCGUUUCAGCUUGUUCAUGAUACCAUGUCUUGUUUUGAAGUGUUUUGACUGAUUUCCUGUCAUGUUAAUAUGGCAAAAAAAUUCGUUAGCUAACUAACCAACAACUAUUAUAAUGUAUUUGAGAGACAAGUGGUCAUUGUGCAAAUGUAUUUAUGUUUUCAAUAAACAUUGGAGACCAAAUAUAGAUUCCAUGUUGUCAACAAUCUAUGGCAACGGCUAUUUUGCCCAAUGGUUGCGCGCGCGUCUUUUUGUUGCUAAAUAACCAACCCUUCUAUGGACGUGAGCAGGUCAGGUGCACAGACGUUCCAUUUACCAGAAUGGCGAACAUUCAACAAAUCUGAUCUAACAAAGUGGAUAUUCCUCAAAUCCGUCAUGAUUUAUGUGUUGUAAGAGGCCCAUAAUGUUGUUACUUAAGUCAGAUUUGGGUAUAUUUGGCUGUUUUAGCUGCAUAACAUGUAGAAGUUGUCCCUUUUCAGUGACUGCUAAAUGCUACCUCCCAUUCAUAUAAGCUUCAUAACUAGCAUACAGAAAUCGGUGGUGGUAGUCAAAUACGUUUAUAACUUUAAUGCAGUUGAUUGGUAACGAUGACAUGAACAUGUGUUUGGGUUGACAAGCAUUAUACUAAAAUGUUUACCUCAACAUAGUGUGAAAUAUACAUAAAUAAUAGCCUAAAUGGAGGCUAAUUUUAAUGGGGGGCAAUGAGGAGACUCGGGAUCUUUCCCACAUGCGUUUUCAUGGCAAUCCAUUGUUUUGGUCGAGUUCGAUUGACCUCUUUACCGCAUCUAUGCCUUGCACAAUAAUAAUCGAAGGGAAGGGUGACAUGACCUCAACUGACUCCUCGCGCAUCCUCAGCCAGAGCCUUGUGAGACAGGCGUUGUCCUCCACCUCUUACCCAGAGACACAGUACUGCACGGGAUUUGAAUGUACAGUAGGAGGUGCCUCAUGCAACUGAUGCAGGUCACUCUAGUUGCUAGAACCUAGGUUUUGGGUCGUUUGGGAUUUUUCCCCAAGAUCUGUUUCCUUUUUGGCUGUGAGCCCGUUUUCACUUCAAAAAGAGUUUCAGUAUCACAUUUUCUGGAUUAAUAGGCCUGCUAUGUCUGCUCUGAAAUGCAUAGCUAUACAUCACUUGUACAAUGCAGGCUAACUACCAACUAGGGUCUAUGUGAUUUGCUCUCUAGCAUUUCUUGGCUAGUGGGGCAAUAGUUCCCUCAGCUAAUAUGAUUUGGAGGAAUAAAGCUUGUCUGGGCCAGAAGCAGUGAAGGAGGGGGGAGGCAAGCAUUGUGGCUCCUAAUUCCUCUCACAUGCUGCUAGUUAGGGCCAGUAGGGCGAGGGCUGCCUGCUCCUUCAUAUCAGCUCAGCACACUCUGGAAACACUGAAAAGCAGUGUGUUGGGUGGCCCGUGCCUGCCUUACACGUGUAGGCUAAACGGGCUACUCUUCACCACCAGCCGUCAGCAACAAAGACAGGCUUCAAGGUGUCCACCAUGUCUUCUGCUCUAAGGGAUAAUGACUACCUGUGGAGGGAGAUCCAAGGGUCAGUAUCGUCCUGAUCUGGAGGGAAGACUUAAAGUAAAACCUGAUGUUUUUUGUCUUGAUGACGAACACAGCAUUAGCCAAAUUUGCCACUGGUGGUCUGUCUGUAGCAGUUGAGGAAGGUUAUGGGGCGUUUUUACUAUUUUAAUUUGUGAUAGCCUGGUUCUAAUAGCGACUGUGAAAAUGUUAUUGUCAUCCAUCUAUUUACGCUUCAGUUAUGGCAAUGUGAAAUUGUUAGAGAUGAUGUUGCAAUACAUGAUGAUAUAGGCUAUUCUAGUGUGUAAGAUAUUGUAUCGUAGUAAGAGCUGCUGUGAUAAAAUAACCUACAUUAAUGGUAUAGUGUUUUCGUCAUCUUGCAUUCAACGACCUGUUAAAUGUGGAAAUUGGCUACUUUACUUUUUAACAUGAACAAGUCAUUGUGGUGGUAACUAUGGAAUGCUGACUUGACUUGUUGGAGGCAGUUGUAUUGGGAUUCAGAUAUCCUCAAAGUCUGUCAGAUGAAAGGGCUCAUAAGAGCAGCUUUUCUCUAUUGUUUGGGCAUGGGUCUUGAUAUACAGUGUGUGGUUGCUGUGUCAACUGGGCAUGGGACUUUUGUUCUCUCUGCUCAAUAUAAAUAACUUUUUCCACUUACAUUUUUUGUGUUAUCAGGAACAGUAAGCCAGGAAAUUAUUAACCAUGAAAGAGCACAGCUGCUGAAAUAACAGAAUACCUUUAGCUUUUUAUCCAAUUAGAUGUUUUUGUCUCUAUGGAACAUAAUAUGGUGUAUUGAUAUCUUUGAUAAAAUAUUUUUGAACUUCACUCAGGAGAGAGCCUAGUAGGUCUACCCCAUUACACCAAUAGGCCUAUUGCAGAUAAUAGGCUUACAGAAAUAACCUAAAUAUCACUUCCUCUGUGUUAUUUCAGAGCAAAGCUGGCAUCACUUUUUGGACUGGACCAAGCAGCAAGUCAGGGGAAUGAAUCAUUUCAAUAUACAGCCCCUAAACAGCCCAGGAAGACCUCGAAUCCAGGUAAAAUUAUAACUUGAGCAAUGCAAGGAAAUGUGACCAAAGUGAGGUUAAAAUGCUCAGGUGAACCUGAGAUGUGUUUACUGCAUGUUUUCAUUUCCAGGUCCUCCUGCCCAGAAACCCGCUGCCCCUCCUGGUGCUCCUGCAGUAUUAUUGGCCACAGCUAUCCAUGCUUUCAAAUAGUGAGUAUCUUUAAACUGUAAAAAUAACUAGAAAUACCACCCCGUGGAUCCCGUGACAUCAUGACACCCAUUCCUUGGUUUUGAGUUCAUGACUUACUCCAUAACUGAUGGUGCAUCUUUCUGUUCAGUCUUAACGGACAGUAUCAGGAACAAGGAAAGCUGGGAGCUGCAGUCUUGGGUAACCAAACAACAAAAGAGGUGAGACCAGAGUUGUGCUUUUAUUGGAAACUGUCAAUUUUCAUGAGAAUUCUGUCGCUUUGAAAAUGCUUAUCAUCAUGCAAGUUUGCUACCAAUGAUCAAAACAUUCCAUGUCUGUUUUCUCGUAGUACAAACUCUUGCUUUACAUCAGUCAGCAGAAACAAGUGACUGCGGCCAAGAUUCAUGUUGGCUUCAUCUUUACGGUGAGUUUUUGUCAGAGGAAGCUGAGCAAGUGAAAAGAGAGCCAGUAAGCUUCUAUAAAAGAAUCUCGCCUCUCACUCUCUACCGUUGUCUCCUUCAGGUUCAGCCCAGCAACUACUGCACAUUUUAUGAUGACCAGCGCCAGAACUGGUCCCUUAUGUUUGACACAGAGAAAGCUGCUGCAGACUUUUGUAAAGAGGUGAUGGACAGCAGAUGGACUCUAAGCGUAGUUCAUGUUUAAUUCAUCUGUGUAGAAACAUUUUAAUGGAGAGUGGUAUAAAAGUGAUUUAAAUUGGCUAUUUCUUUGAUUUAGGUGUGUUUGGCAAAAGUGAACAGCGCCCCGUCCUUGGAUAUGGUGGUGGUGCAGGACCUGACACUAGGGGAGGGGCAGGGAGUUGAGAAUGGAGAUUUCCUGGAGGUGACAUACACAGGCUGGCUCAUGCAGAACCAUGCCAUCGGACAGGUAAGAUAUAGCUGUGUGUGUUGAGCCAUUAGAGAUUAGUGCUUUGCACAUUGCUGUGUGUCCUCUUUGCCCUGGGAGCUAGUGGUACAGCAGUGUUCUUGUAAUGUUCAACUAUUGUUUCAGGUGUUUGACUCCAACCUGAACAAAGACAAGCUGCUACGACUGAAACUUGGCGCUGGAAAAGUGAUUAAGGUGAGUAAUUUAUGUCCUAUGGGUGAAUAAUUUGGGUUGUAUAGGCACAGCUGACACUUUUGUUCAAAAUAAUAGUAGGGGCAUUCUAUACAUUUUACAUUUAGAUUUUUAGUCAUUUAGCAGACGCUCUUAUCCAGAGCUACCAGACUUGCAUGGGGAACGCACAGCUUCCUCUCUCUUCUUUGAUUGCUAGGGCUGGGAGGAGGGCAUGCUGGGUAUGAGGAAGUCAGGCCGGCGUCUCAUGGUGAUCCCCCCCAGUCUGGGCUAUGGCUCCCAGGGAGUGGCCAGUCGCAUCCCAGCAGACAGCACACUCAUCUUUGAGGCAGAGAUACGACGGGUAGGACCUCCAGCAUCUCUGAAAUGGGAGUGUCCAAUAACUCUAAGCCAAAGGUCAUAUUUAAUGAGUGUCUUUGUCUCGUCAUGCCCCUCUGUUGUGUCCCCAGGUGAAGUUGGCGAAGGACAGUGGGUCUGACCGGGCCAGUGCUGGGUCUCAGGACUCUGCUGCCCCCUCACCUGCCCCCAGUGUGGAGAACCUGGGUCCGGACCUCCCGACAGGGCCCGCUCAGCCCCCUGCUACAAGCCCCGGGAGACCAGGGUAAGAGCAGGGGCCUACCUAAACACACUCACAACCAACUCCCCCAGCUCUUUUCUGUCUUUGUCCCUCUUUCCUCGACUCCUCAUUGUUUUCAUCCGCUCUUUUUCAGGGAACCACCACUUUGGGCAAAGUCGAAUUCCAUCAGUGAACAGUUGACAGUGAGUACUUUCUCUCUUUUUCUCUUCUGAGUCACAUUAGACUUUAAUAUAAAACAGGCACAGCUAGGGCUGUGGCGGUCAUGACAUUUGGUCAGACGAUUAUUGUCAUGCCAAAGACUGCUGGUCUCACAGUAAUUGACUGUUAAUUAACAUAAACACGUUUAGCAUCUCCAGGCCUCCACCCAUACAAGCCGCUGAUGCGCGCCUUUAAAAAAAAAAGUAUAAUAAAUAAAUGUAAUAUACACCAUCACAAUAAAUCCAUUAUUUAUUUUCCCCCUAGAGUCGCUUGACGCGUCGGUGUGUCAAUCUAAGUUACAAAAAAAAAAUAUCCAGCAAAAUCCGUCAGUUUUAAGAUAGAGAUAUCUGCUUUUUGCAUUGGAUGUGUCUCAAUCCACUGCAUCCGCCAGUGUCACACUUCUGCAUCUGCAGUGAAAGGUGGCAGAGCUAGAGCGGUGUUUGCCAGACCAUGAGACAUUCCAAAAAUCGGUCUUCUAACGUAAACGUCUGUAGCGUCCGAACGGUUUGACCUACAAACUGUUAUGACCACUCUAUGGAAAGGGGAGACUCUCACGAACAUGAGUGUCAGUAGAUUCGUCUGAAGUCGGUACAGUCGAUGUGCCAACUUCUGUUUGGUAGCGUCCAAACCGUUUGGGUUACAAACUAAUGGGAUCCCACUGUGGAAAGGGGAGAUUCUCACGAACACAAUGGUGUUCUCUGUUUUGUUCUAGGACCCCCACAAGUGUCACAGGACCCGUCUGAAGGUAACGGGUAAACCGGUAAAACCAAAACAAAUUGAAGUACCAAGGUAGUUUUUGUGCUACCCCAAAAAAAUAGGUUAAAUAUGUUUUUAAAAAUAUGUAUUUCCUGAUUUUUAUUUUAUUUUUUAUAUCUCCUAGAUUUACGACAGACCUUCAAAACCUUGUUUUAUUCAAUGCGUUUCUAUGGGCUUUAGUAGUAAAGGCCAAAAUCAAUAUUUUAUUAAAUAUGUUUUUAAUUAAAAUGUUUGAUACCUUAAAGGGGUCCUAAAAUUCCAAAUCAAAUAGCUAAAUGAUCCAUAGUAUGACCAUCUUAAAACUAUUCCAUAUGUCAGCUUAGCACCCCCCCUCCCCCAACGUCUUAGACUCUAAAGAAACAUUAUCAUAUGAAGAAAAUGUAUUUCAGUAGAAUAUGAGUUGGCCUACUGUAGGCCUAUGUUAUGUAUGCUCCAUGCCAUAGGCUGUAGGCUUGUUCAUUUAGCUGACAAGAUAUGCUUAUAAGUCCCGUGCCGACGAAGAUGGCUGCCUCGCGACUAGCUCUUAGGACACUUUGCAGUAUUUUGUUUUUUUUAUGUAUUAUUUUGUACAUUAUUAGCUCAGAAAGCCGGGAAAAACGAAUGGAUAUCAGAGCGGCGGUAACUCACCAGCAUUACGACCAGGAAUACAACUUUCCCGAAGCAGAUCCUUUGUUUGCUCUCCCCAGGGCAACUGAACUGAUUCCAGCUGCUGACCCAAAACAUCGCCGGCGGAGGAGAGGCACUCGGAGCGGCCUGCUGGUUCGACUUAGGAGGCACGCACAUCACCCACCGCUUCCAAGUAUUCUACUCGCUAAUGUUCAGUCUUUGGUUAACAAAGUCAACGAACUACGGGCAAGGAUUUCUUUCCAGAGAGACAUCAAGGCCUGUAACAUACUCUGUUUCACGGAAACAUGGCUCUCUUGGGAUAUUCUGUAGAAAUCGGUCCAGCCAGAUGGGUUCUCAGUUCAUCGCGCAGACAGGAAUAAAUAUCUCUCCAGGAAGCAGAAGGGCGGAGGUGUGUGUUUCAUGAUUAACGACUCGUGGUGUAAUUGUCGUAACAUACAGGAACUCAAGUCCUUCUGUUCACCUGACCUAGAAUAUCUCACAAUCAAAUGCCGACCGUAUUAUCUCCUAAGAUAAUUUUCUUCAGUUAUAGUCACGGCCGUGUAUAUCCCCCCUCAAGCCGAUACCACGACGGCCCUCAAAGAACUUCACUGGACUUUAUGCAAACUGGAAACCACAUAUCCUGAGGCUGCAUUUAUUGUAGCCUGGGAUUUUAACAAAGCAAAUUGGAGUAACUAGGCUGCCGAAGUUCUAUCAACAUAUCGACUGUUGUACUCGCGCUGCUAAAAUCCUCGACCAUUGCUAUUCAAACUUCCGGGAUGGUUAUAAGGCCCUCCCCCGCCCUCCUUUCGGCAAAUCUGACCACGACUCCAUUUUGAUUCUCCCUUCCUAUAGGCAGAAACUCAAACAGGAAGUACCUGUGCUAAGGACUAUUCAACGCGGGUCUGACCAAUCGGAAUCCACGCUUCAAGAUUGUUUUGAUCACGCGGACUGGGAUAUGUUCCGGGUAGCUUCCGAAAAUAAUCUUGACAUAUACAGUGGGGGAAAAAAAGUAUUUAGUCAGCCACCAAUUGUGCAAGUUCUCCCACUUAAAAAGAUGAGAGAGGCCUGUAAUUUUCAUCAUCGGUACACGUCAACUAUGACAGACAAAUUGAGAAAAAAAAUCCAGAAAAUCACAUUGUAGGAUUUUUUAAUGAAUUUAUUUGCUAAUUAUGGUGGAAAAUAAGUAUUUGGUCACCUACAAACAAGCAAGAUUUCUGGCUCUCACAGACCUGUAACUUCUUCUUUAAGAGGCUCCUCUGUCCUCCACUCGUUACCUGUAUUAAUGGCACCUGUUUGAACUUGUUAUCAGUAUAAAAGACACCUGUCCACAACCUCAAACAGUCACACUCCAAACUCCACUAUGGCCAAGACCAAAGAGCUGUCAAAGGACACCAGAAACAAAAUUGUAGACCUGCACCAGGCUGGGAAGACUGAAUCUGCAAUAGGUAAGCAGCUUGGUUUGAAGAAAUCAACUGUGGGAGCAAUUGUUAGGAAAUGGAAGACAUACAAGACCACUGAUAAUCUCCCUCGAUCUGGGGUUCCACGCAAGAUCUCACCCCGUGGGGUCAAAAUGAUCACAAGAACCACAAGGGGGGACCUAGUGAAUGACCUGCAGAGAGCUGGGACCAAAGUAACAAAGCCUACCAUCAGUAACACACUACGCCGCCAGGGACUCAAAUCCUGCAGUGCCAGACGUGUCCCCCUGCUUAAGCCAGUACAUGUCCAGGCCCGUCUGAAGUUUGCUAGAGUGCAUUUGGAUGAUCCAGAAGAGGAUUGGGAGAAUAUCAUAUGGUCAGAUGAAACCAAAAUAUAACUUUUUGGUAAAAACUCAACUCGUCGUGUUUGGAGGACAAAGAAUGCUGAGUUGCAUCCAAAGAACACCAUACCUACUGUGAAGCAUGGGGGUGGAAACAUCAUGCUUUGGGGCUGUUUUUCUGCAAAGGGACCAGGACGACUGAUCCGUGUAAAGGAAAGAAUGAAUGGGGCCAUGUAUCAUGAAAUUUUGAGUGAAAACCUCCUUCCAUCAGCAAGGGCAUUGAAGAUGAAACGUGGCUGGGUCUUUCAGCAUGACAAUGAUCCCAAACACACCGCCCGGGCAACGAAGGAGUGGCUUCGUAAGAAGCAUUUCAAGGUCCUGGAGUGGCCUAGCCAGUCUCCAGAUCUCAACCCCAUAAAAAAUCUUUGGAGGGAGUUGAAAGUCCGUGUUGCCCAGCGACAGCCCCAAAACAUCACUGCUCUAGAGGAGAUCUGCAUGGAGGAAUGGGCCAAAAUCCCAGCAACAGUGUGUGAAAACCUUGUGAAGACUUACAGAAAACGUUUGACCUGUGUCAUUGCCAACAAAGGGUAUAUAACAAAGUAUUGAGAAACUUUUGUUAUUGACCAAAUACUUAUUUUCCACCAUAAUUUGCAAAUAAAUUCAUUAAAAAUCCUACAAUGUGAUUUUCUGGAGAAAAAAAAUCUCAUUUUGUCUGUCAUAGUUGACGUGUACCUAUGAUGAAAAUUACAGGCCUCUCUCAUCUUUUUAAGUGGGAGAACUUACGCAAUUGGUGGCUGACUAAAUACUUUUUUUCCCCCACUGUACACUGAAACGGUGACUGAGUUUAUCAGGAAGUGUAUAGGUGGUGUUGUGCCCACUGUGACUAUUAAAACCUACCCUAACCAGAAACCGUGGAUAGACGGCAGCAUUCGCGCAAAUCUGAAAGCGCGAACCACCGCAUUCAACCAUGGCAAGGUGACUGGGAAUAUGGCAGAAUACAAACAGUGUAGCUACUCACUCCGCAAGGCAAUUAAACUGGCAAAACAUCAGUAUAGAGACAAAGUGGAGUCACAAUUCAACGGCUCAGACACGAGACGUAUGUGGCAGGGUCUACAGACAAUCACGGACUACAAAAAGAAAACCAGCCACGUCGCCGACACCGACGUCUCGCUUCCAGACAAGCUAAACACCUUCUUUGCCCGCUUUCAGGAUAACACAGUGCAACUGACGAGGCCCACUACCAAGGACUGUGGCCUCUCCUUCUCCAUGGCCGACGUGAUUAAGACAUUUAAGCAUGUUAACUCCCGCAAGGCUGCCGGCCCAGAGCAUGCGCAGACCAGCUGGCUGGUGUGUUCAUUGACAUAUUCAACUCUCCCUUUCCCAGUCUGCUGUUCCCACAUGCUUCAAGAUGGCCACCAUUGUUCCUGUACCCAAGAAAGCAAAGGUAACUGAACUAAAUGACUAUCGCCCUGUAGCACAUACCUCUGUCAUCAUGAAGUGCUUUGAGAGACUAGUCAAGGAUCAUAUCACCUCUACCUUACCUGUCACUCUAGACCCACUUCAAUUUGCUUACCGCCCCAAUAGAUCCACAGACGAUGCAAAUGCCAUCACACUGAUCAUCAAGGACAUCAACCACCCGAGCCACUGCCUGUUCACCCCACUAUCAUCCAGAAGGCGAGGUCAGUACAGGUGCAUCAAAGCUGGGACCGAGAGAAUGAAAAACAGCUUCUAUCUCAAGGCCAUCCGACUGUUAAAUAGCCAUCACUAGCACAUUAGAGGCUGCUGCUGCCUAUUGAAAUUACUGGCCACGUUAAGAAAUGGAACACUAGUCACUUAAAUAAUGUUUACAUAUCUUGCACUACUCAUCUCAUAUGUAUAUACUGCAUUCUAUUCUAUAAUAUUCUUCUGUAUCUUAGUCCAUGCCGCUCUGUCAUUGCUUGUCCAUAUAUGUAUAUAUUCUUAAAUCCCAUUCCUUACUUUUUUGUGUGUAUUGGGUAUAUGUUGCGUUUUUCUGGAUUUUGUUGUUGUUAUUCUGUCUCUAAUAAUAAUAAUAAAAAUAUGCCAUUUAGCAGACGCUUUUAUCCAAAGCGACUUACAGUCGUGCGUGCAUAAAUUCUUGUGUAUGGGUGGUCCCGGGGAUCGAACCCACUACCUUGGCGUUACAAGCGCCGUGCUCUACCAGCUGAGCUACAGAGGACCUCACUGUUCAAAUAAACCUACCAUUCAAAUUAUAGACUGAUCAUGUCUUUGUCAGUGGGCAAACGUACAAAAUCAGCAGGGGAUCAAAUACUUUUUUCCCUCACUGUAUGGGCUGCAUGAUGCGACUAUAGGCUAUUGAUUUGAAAAAAAAAAAACAGCCACUCUGUUCCUUGCCUCAGGCUGCACAGCUGUUCUCUCAUCAAGUGAUCAUAUUUUCACCCAUCAGACUUUUCUCAAUUUAAUCUUGUCUUUACUAAUAUUUUAAUAUGAGUUUCAAAUUAGAAUGGCCCAUUAUCAAAUGGGCAGGAACAGGGGCAGGGGGGAAAAUAUGUCACCUGUAUGCAUUCCAAUAGCGAAUGGAGGCUGCACACUUUCCUGCCGGUCCAUUUUGUAGGCUACUUCGGUUUUAUAGCGGAGCAUGUGCUUAAUAUGAGCAGCUGAGAAAUAAAUAUAACACUUAUUUCACUCCGUUUGAGGAGCAUGCUCUCGCUGCCCGACAGGUGAUAUUCUGCCUAAACUCUAUGUCAUGGGCUCUCAAACCUUGUUCCUGCAGCUACCCAGUGCUUAAUUUGGGAAACCAAAUGAAAUCUGUUAGGGAACAUCAAUAGUAACAUGUUUUCACAACGAAACAUAUUUCACUAAACUGUUGACAGCCCGUCAGUGUGCUUAAGAAAGGAAUAAAGGAGAGUGAAGGUAAUGUCACUCAAUUAUUUAUGAAAAUAUAAAAAAAUUCCCUAUUACUAGGCUAUUCAAAAUCAAAUACAAAUUCACUCAUUGUAGGCUAACUGUUAGCCACCCUGCCCAAUCAAUGAACCAACAGCAUCACCUAGGGCUAUACAUUCUCACCCAGAAUCAUGGAUAUACAUUUAGGAGAGUAGCAGAAGGUAACCAGUUCAUCCAGAAUGUAUAAUGAUACAGUCCACACUCAAAGACGAUUACUUGAAUUUGUUUACCAAUUACAGUAUGUACCAGUUUUUCUGGCCUGCAUAAUAUGUAAUAUGCAGUAGGCUUUGUAUUAUAUAACGGCACAAUCAUCAUUUUAAUUCAGUUUUUUUUUUUGGGGGGGGCUUGGGCUCCUAAGCCUAUGCAUAAGCGCUAAUAUGCAUAUGGGUGUUUUGAUUUAAUCAUCACCUUAGAAAGCACUGUUCAUUUCUUUGUUAGACUUUGAAACGACAUCCACAACAACCAUGUUUUACACUGUUUCAACCUGCUGUUGAACUUCUUUCUUCAAAUUCACAGUCACAGUGAGCUGAGUUUUAAAAGUACUAUAGGCCUACAGUUUUGAUCAUAUGUUUUUUGAUUAGAUUUUCGAAUGCAUUUGUAUUUAUGUCAGAGUGGUUACAGGGACAAUAGAGCCCUGAGUACCAGGCCAUUAGAACCUGAUGGUAGUUAGCAAGUUGGGUACUACCAAAGCAUGUGGUAGUAUAAAAGGAGUGCAUAAAAGGAGAUUACCGUGACUCAACGGUCACGUGGAAUUUUACUGCGGUCAUGACUCAUGACUGCUGGUGUGGCAGUAAUACGGUCACCGCAACAGCCCUAGGCACAGCUGACCUGUUACUAACCCAAGCCCUAUCAGGCUGAUGACGUAUAACCUACUCCUUAAUCUUCCCAUUGCUCCAGAAUCCAGAUGCCACCAAAGCCAAGCUGAUCUCUCGCAUGGCCAAGAUGGGCCAGCCCAUGUUGCCCUUCAUGGCAGGCCCCUCCUCUCAGCCAGACUCCAGCGACUCAGAGAUGGAGGUGAGAUCAAGGGUCCAAGGGGUUUAUUCUCCAUAUAGCUGCACCUACAGUAUAUUAGUUGAGAAAAGUAUUUGAGAGAAAAUCUCUGUCUACCUCCAGGACCCCAGUGUGUCCAGGGUGAAGGAGCGUCCUGCUGCUCCCUCUCCUGUACAGAUCUCCACUGUCCCCCAAGCUCCAGUGCAAGGUGAGCACUCCCACAACCUCUGAUGGAGUCAUCACUCUCCAUGUUUAGCUGACCAAUAGAUAGGCCAAUAUCACUGUUUUUUAAGACCAAUGUCUUGAAUUGUACAUAUUAAAUUUUUUCUCAAGUGCUUUCUCACCCUCACGGGGCACCGCCCUCUGCCUUGAUGCCUGUUGCUAUGACAUCUGCCGCUCCGCAGCCUGUGAUGUCAGGCUCCGCCCAUGCCUUUCUGGUGAGAAUGACCCAUGUCAUCUUCAUCGUUCAACUGUCAAACAAUUUAACUAAUUUCCAUGCUAUUUUGUAUUGACUUUAAGGCUAACCUCCCUUUCUAAUGAAGCUCUCCUUAUUCUCUGUUACCAUUAAAUCAGUCCAUUAUGUUCUUUCAUAGCCUUACGCCUACCCACAGUCCUCUAUGUCUCCCUCUCAACUUCAACUAAUGGGCCAGAUGUACCCCACCCAGACAGUACCAUACAUGGGAGGCACUGGUGAGGUCACUUCCUUCCUUAUGGCUGAAGCUCGGCAGCACAACACUGAGAUCCGAUUGGCUGUCGGCAAAGUGGCAGAUAAAGUGGACCAGUUGGCUUCAAAGGUCAGCAAUAAUAUGAAGGGUAUUUCUCUCUUUUUAUCAGACAUUUCCACCUCCAGUGUGACAUCAGUUUUCCACUUCUCAUCGAUCCUCAUGUUUUGACAGGUUGACGACCUUCAGAGGCAAGGAGGCCACUCAUUGGCUAUGCCCAGCAUCACUAUGGAAACCGCCAUGAUAAUGCACAACAUCCAAAGAAUCAUUCAGGUAUAGUCUUUCAAUUUCUUUAAUAUAUAUCUUUCUUUUUUUUCAUUAAAUGUGUAACUGUCUUUAUAGGAAAAUGAAUCUUUAAAGAAGGACGUGUACGAGAAGAGCUCACGUAUAGAGGAGCAGAACCGCAAGAUCGGGGAGCUCAUCAACCAGAACCAGAGGUAAGACUUACAGUGAUCUACUGAAGAGGACAACAUUGGGCAUAUCUGAAAUGGCACCUUAUUCUCUAUCUACCGCACUACUUUUGGCCAGAACAGAAUCGGGGAAUAGGAUACCAUUUCGAACACAGCCACGUUUCCAUUCAAGCUGAGUUUCCCUGUUGUUGUCCAGGUACAUGGAGCAGAGUAACCUGCUGAUGGAGCAGAGGAAUGUCUCCCUAAAGUCCUCCAGUGAACACAACCAGGCCCGGGUGCUGCAGACCGAGCAGGAUAAGGUAGAUCACAGCACCCACCCUACGUCUGUAUAUACUGUUAUCACCCUGCAAGGAUGAACUAACGUUCCCUUAUACUCUCCCAGCCAGUGCCAAUAUGAGGUGUGAUUAUUUAAUCCAUAACGAUGGCUCUAGGAAUUAUUCUCGUGACUAAAGGGUUUAUUACAGUAUCUAACAUGGCUGUGGGGAUUUCAGUGUCGUUUAUGUCUGGGGACUAGACUAACAGAAUAACACCUCCAGCCAGUGCUCCUGGCUGUUUGUCCUGCUAUGUUAGUCUCAGGACCUUUAGUAGUGACUGUUCUCUCUUUCCAGCAUGCUCUGCCUCAGGACCUGGGCUUGGACCAGGUGAGCCUGUUAGCUCACUCUCUGCCUCCCUCCACUCAUCCUCCUCCCCGUCCCCCUUUUCACUAACUUUUCAUUGAUUACAUUUUUUCUUUAACCCUUUCCUCCUCAUUAUCAGUCAUCUUCAUCUUCUUCCUACAGGGUCAUGCGGUUAGAGGCCAUGUUAACUCUGUCUCUCACUCAUCAUCACGUCCAGCCAAUCACCAUCACCACUGUCAACUCACUGUCUAUGGCCGUGUCCCAAAACUCUGAGAUGGCCUCCUUUCCUCGUCGCCUUUCCUUCAUGACCACUGGAAAAAGGGCUAGACACUGACAGUUCCCACCAUGUUGCUUUGCUUCCAGUCAGAUUAGUGAUCAUAAAGGAAAGAAGAUGAGGAAAAUAAGCAAUGUUAGGUUAUUGGGACACAGCCUGUCUCUGGGUUGUGUAUUGUAUAGACAGACAACACUGGUGACUAACAGUGCUUGUCUCUGUCCCUCAGGUACGUCUGACAGAGGAGCUGGCCACGUGCACAGCACGGGUGUCCCAGCUGCAGCAGGAGGCCACCUCUCACCAGCAGAGGGCUGCAGAGCUGCAGAGCAAACUGACCUCCGUCCUGCAGGACAGCGACACACACUGCACACGCAUCUCCUCCUUAGAGACCCAACUGGAAGGUAUACGCUGCUCUUACAUAAUGAUGUGCUAUAAACAUAAUGUGUUUUAUUUAGAUGGGUUAGAGAGGUGUCAGUGAGAGUAUGUUUUAUAUGAGAGUGUGUUCAUCUUGGUGUGAGACGGAGGAAGUGUCACUAAAGGGGUUUGUGUGUGUGUAGAGCUGAAGGAGACAGCAGAGAGAGGCCAGGCUCAGUACCGCACAGAGAAGCAGAAAUGCAAAGAAAUGGAUCUCAGGGUGAACAACAUGGAGGAGGAGCUGCAGGACCUGAAGACUGACAAAGAAAGUAUGGAACGAGUGAGUAUGGCACACAGUGACUGUUCUUGUUGGUUUGUCUUUUAGAUUUGGGCAACAAUGCUUACAUCAGUGUGCGUGGGCCUCUUUCAGACGUCCCUGGUAGAAAUUGCCCAGAGGCAGAGAUCUAGGAUCAGCUUACAGUUCUCAGCUCCGCUCUCUUCAAUCCUAAACCAUAACCUUAACCAUUAGAGUGGGAGAAGGACCUAAAACUGACGUUAGAUCGGUGUCUAAGGGUAUCUUCAUCCUUCUCUCAGAUGGUGUCGGACAGGAAGAGGAAGUGGCAGGCGGAGAGGCAGCGCUGUGAUGAGGAGAUGGAGGAGCUGAGGAGGAACAGCCAGCAGGAUAUGGAAAGUCUGAGGACACAGCUCCGCAAGGCCAGGACCAGCACUAGCCAGGCAGCCUCAGAACAGGUACUGUACAGGGUGUACAGUGUUUCCCCGAUAUUAAUUUAGCAGCGGCGGGCUGCCCACUAGAGAUGUUUCCAUCAAAAUGACUUUUUGCGGAUAAAAGGCUGUGCGUGAUGAUCUUUUAAGAUCCCAUGUACUGAAUAAAAAAUACAAGUUAAAUGGGUUUCCAUCACAUUUUCCACUCUACUGAUGGUUUUAUCACAAAAACGGUUGUGUGAUCUAGCUGGUCCAUUCUGGUCUUGGCACAUGCGCUCUAGCCUAACCAACAGCUUGCAGAUACAGUGUGGGUAGGCUAUCUACAUUAUGAGAUUAUUACGGAUAAGAGCUUAUUUUAUUUGUAUUUGUCAAACGGCAGCUAAGCAUCGAUCAUCAUGUCCCCAGAAUAAGACCCUCGAUAUUUAUUGGAAAGGAACAUCAAGCUCAUCACCUUGCACAUUGAUCACCCUGUGAAGUUCAUCAUAACUUAUUUCAUCUGUAGUCUAAUAAACUGCAUGCUUUCCCGAGUUGUAGUGGGAGGACCACACAACAUAUCAUCACGUGACUCCAAGUUUAUUUCGAUAUGAUGGUUAUUAUAUCAAUAUUUGCGCAUAAAGGUGUUUCCGUCGUCAUUUCUCGCAUAAUUAACUUUACAGACACAAAAGAGUCCACCAUGGCGAACGAACAAAUUGUAUGUCAGCAUUUAUAAAGCUGUACCGGCAUUUCAUGUUGCAAUCAGCCCGUCAUGACUUUUUUCAUGCCUCAGGUAAUUCAUCCACAUGAAAUGGUUGGAUGGAAACGUUAUUACAUAGGGAGAAUCUAAAAUUCUAAUAAUGUCAUGGCAUGGGGCCCGUAUUGAUUACAUUAUAAUGUUUGAGUUACUUAGAUAGCAUAAGAACACUGGAUAAGCCAUGGCAAACUGCCAUGGAAUUGCAGGAAAUUAGCUUUAAAGUAAUUGUCCAGUGUUUCCAGAUUCCUAUGAAAUAUGACCUUAUAAUUACUUACAAUAUGAGUGAAAUAGUUUUCCUUCCAAAAAAUUGUAUUUAAAUAUCUUAAAAAGCAGCUAUUCUGUGUUGGAAUGGUGUGGGGGUACACCAACAACAGAAUGGUGUGGGCGUAUACCGGUCAUUAAAAUAUUAAUACGAGUAGACCGCUGAUUGGCCAGCUCAUCCUCCUCUAGACCGCUGAUUGGCCAGCUCAUCCUUCUCAGAAGUAUAACAUCAUACUCUAAUUAUGAAAUAGCAAGCGUAUUUUCAACGGUCUGUUUGAGAUACAAGUUUGAGGUGUGUUUUUUUUUUCAUGUUUUUUUUCUCCAAUUUAUGCUUUGGCCACAUGAGUAUAGGAUGAGUCAACAACAUUAUUUGGGUGUGAGUUAACAGAAUAUGAACUUUUAAUGAGAGAUUUGCACUGGACAGUUACUUUAAAACUGCACAUUUUCUCUCAGCCCCAUGGCAAAAUGUGUAGAAUUGAAGGAAAUGAGCUUUAAAACAGUGUGUUCCUUUCUCUCAGCCCCAUCACAACACCCCCACCCCCCCUACUCUAACUUGGCCACCGCUACUGAAAAAAGUCCUAGGGGAAACACUGGUGUAUAUGUGUUUGUCUAUGGGGAGGAAGUGAUAAAUAAUAACACAAAUAUAUUUACACAGCUAAAUCUCCUUUUGGAUACGCUUUUUUGUCUGAGAAUUUUGUGUGUGUGCCUGACUGCUUGUGUCUGUGUUUUUGCAUGUGUGUUCCAGUUAGCCCAACUGCAAGCGGAGCUGGAAGAGGAGUGGAAGGAGAAGUGUGAGCAGGCGUUGGCCUCGGCCAAGGAGCAGCAAUGGCGUGAGAUGGCCGACCUGGCAGAGCAAAGAAACACACUGGAGCAGAGACUGACCCAGCUACAGGAAAAGGUCAACAGCCUAACCCAUAUUAUACCGUACACAAAGCUUUCUCUCUCACGACGUCCCUUUGGACUCCUGAGUUCAUACAUAGUUUUAUAAUGUGUGGCUAAGGGGGGAUUUGUUACUGUUGUUCUACAACAAUGGAACGACAUAAGUACAAGGCUGUGAAGUUUCAUUAUUGUGUAGCUUUAAUCUAUGAGAGUCUAGUGGUGCGGAACCCUAACUGGCUCCCUUUCAUUCUAACAGUUCUCAGCUCUGAAGCAGUCCAGGGACUCAGAGGAGCAGUGCUUGCUACAGCAGCAGGGCCAGAGCGAGGAGCUGCAGGUCCUACAAGAAAAGGUAUUGAUCUGGUUACGUGUUAGUAAUAGCAUUAGCAGCUAACUCUCUCCAUAAUGUUAUGAAGCCCUCUCUCUCUCGCUCGCUCGCUCUCUCAGUAUUCAAGCCUGGAGGAGCAGUGGUCAGCUGUGAGACAGAAGCUGGAGGGGCGAGUGGCUGAGCUGGAAAGGAGGCUGGCAGAGCAAGGGGACCAAGCGGACAGUGCAGGACAGGACACUGCUGGAGAGGUGAGAGGGACACAGAGACAUGUUUUCAUUCAGACAGCUGUGUCUUUCUUACCUGGAAAAAUGGGCAGUAGAUAUUUGGUUUAAACCAAAACUUAGAACAUACAUUCUUGUCAAAGAGAACUACAGCCCUGACCCAUAUGUCAGUCUGAACUUAACAAAAGGCCAAAGGUCAGUCCUAAAAAAAUAUAAAUAAAAUGCUCACCUUGAGGUGUUCUGGCUACAUGACGAACACAGGCUAGUAUUCUUUUUCAGAAAAGGAGAUUUCGACAUCGCCCAAUUUAUUUUCUAAGCCUCGGGAGAAGGAGAAGUGUAUAGUUUGUAUGAUGUGACAAGGUGAAAGCUGUACUUUUGUUAUGCAUUAAAAAUAUAUAUAUGUGUUUUGUUCACACGUACUUAAAGAAAUAGUGUUUUAUAAGCCCAUACGGGCUGCGCACUAAUUGUAUUUCAUGUUUUGACCCUGGCCCUGUUUUCCUGGCAGGUGAAGCGUGUAAUGAAUGGAGUGUUUCACUCUCUGAGGGGGGAGUUUGACCUACACGAGACUUACACAGGCAGCACUGUGCUCGGAGUAAUCGUCAACACCAUAAAGGUACAGCAUCUCUUCAGGACAAUGACCAAAACUGUUAUGUCUUAAUACCAUGUUAUUCACAAUGAAGAUGGCCUGAAAAGGAUUUGGGUGAAUUAAUGUUGGUCUUUGACCCUUUACAGAGUGUUACCUUGCAACUGCUCAACGGUACUGAGAGACCUUCAUCCCAUCUGAGGGAAGAAGAAGAAGAAGAAGAAGAAGAAGAAGAAGAGGUGGACAGUGGUGUGAGGCAUAGAGAGGAGAGACCACCACAGGAUGUCCAUGUGAAUGGGAAGGAAGGAGAGGAGGAGCAGAGGACAGAGCCUGAGCAGCCUAGUGAGUCCCCUGUGCAGAGGGAGGGAGACCCCAGAGAUGUGCAGGAGAGGGCUCACCUUGAAGCAGAACCAGAGACGAAGAAACCGACUCGAGUGGAGCCAGAGGCAGAUAUCGACACAGAUCCAGAGCACCAACCACUCUCAACCCAGCCACGACCACCAUCUCCCCAGCCACAGGGAGAGAUCACCACAGAGCCUUCGGAACCCACUGACAUAAACCCUGAGGAGAAUCUGCCCUCUGAGAUGGGACAGCAAAACUCAGUCCAAAGG